AUGUCGGACUUCAAUGGCAAAGUUCCGUACGCCCCGGACUUUGCAUCCUACAACUGGACCGGUGCUCCUUCUGACUUCAGCUUGUCCACAAACUCCAAUACUGGUGGUGAUUCUCGUGUCGAAAAUGUGAAUAAAUGGUUCCAAGCUGGUGACCAGGCCUACAUUAUUGUAGCCUCCGCCAUGGUCAUGAUCAUGAUUCCAGGUCUGGGCUUCCUCUACUCUGGUCUCGCUCGGCGAAAGUCUGCUCUGAGUAUGAUCUGGGCUUGUAUGGCUUCUUUCUCCAUCAUAACCUUCCAAUGGUACUUCUGGGGCUACUCGCUUGCCUUUUCCCCAACUGCCACAAAUGGUUUCAUCGGUAACCUGCGCAAUUUCGGCCUGAUGAAGACUUGGGCUGAUCCCAGUCCUGGUUCGCCCUUGAUUCCGAAUCUGCUCUAUGCUUUUUACCAGAUGCAAUUCUGUGGUGUCACUGCUGCAAUUGUCAUGGGUGCUGUGGCUGAGCGCGGUCGCCUUCUUCCAGCUAUGGUAUUCACUUUCAUCUGGGCUACUAUCGUCUACUGCCCUCUGGCCUGCUGGGCCUGGAACGUCAACGGCUGGGCUUACAACUAUGGUGUGAUGGAUUAUGCUGGCGGUGGCCCCGUCGAGAUCGGCUCUGGCUUCAGUGCCCUAGCUUACUCAAUGGUCCUCGGUCGACGACAAGAACGAAUGAUGCUCAACUUCCGCCCCCACAACGUCUCCCUCAUCCUACUCGGUACUGCCUUCCUCUGGUUCGGCUGGUUGGGCUUCAACGGUGGCUCGGCUUUCGGUGCCAACCUUCGUGCUACUAUGGCCAUGUGGAAUACUAACUUGACCGCUGCCUUCGGCGCUAUUACCUGGGUACUGCUCGAUUGGCGUCUCGCCCGCAAGUGGUCUAUGGUCGGCUGGUGUUCUGGUACCAUCUCCGGAUUGGUAGCUGCUACUCCUGCGUCUGGUUUCAUUACCCCAUGGGCUAGUGUGAUUCUGGGUAUUGUCACCGGAAUUGUCUGCAAUUACUCCACUAAAAUCAAGUACUGGAUCCGUAUCGACGACUCGAUGGAUGUGUUGGCUGAGCACGGAAUUGCCGGUGUCGUCGGCCUCAUCUUCAACGCCCUCUUCGGAGACGAUUCUAUCGUCGGUCUGGACGGUGUCAGCACCGGAACUGGCGUCGGCGGCUGGGUUAUCCACAACUACAAGCAGCUUUACAUCCAAAUCGCCUACAUCGUCGCAACCGCCUCCUACGCCUUCGUCAUGUCUGCCAUUAUUGCCUUCGGCAUCAACCUUAUCCCCGGCCUGAAGCUGCGUGCCUCAGAGGAAGCCGAGCUGCUCGGUAUGGAUGACGACCAACUGGGCGAGUUCGCCUACGACUACGUCGAAGUCCGUCGUGAUUACCUCGCCUGGACACCACAGAAACACGACCAGCACGAAGAUGGCCACGAGGUCCCCGCUGCCGACCGCUACGGUAUUGGCGAGCACAGCGAUAUGAUGCUCGAUGGCAGGUCGCAAACUAUGCUGGAGGGACGUCGUCCUAACGGUGAAUUGAGCCACAGUAGCCACAAUGGCAGUGAAGGUGACAUGGAGAUUCAAGAAAUCAAGCCUUCGCGACAGGUUGACCAACAUCCUGUCAGCGAGAAGGAAGAAGUAUGA